AUGGCCACCAUGAAUAUCGUAACCAGCUUCGUAUUUCACGCUUUAUAUUCACUGAUAAUAACGGCUCUGGUGCUCAGAAAACCUCUAAAAGUCGCAAGUUCGCAUCAAGCGAAGAUUCUUAAAUCCGGGGACAUUAUUAUAGGCGGACUCUUUCCUGUCCAUAGAUCAAGUUUGAUGGACAGUUCGUGUACUACGCUAGUCAAGGAAGGGGUCGUGUUAACAGAAGCAAUGGUUUACGCUGUGAAGUACGUCAAUGAAAAUAAGCUGCUUCCCCAGCAAAUAACUUUGGGAUAUGACAUUCGUGAUACUUGUGGGAAGGUAAUCCAUGCGUUGAAGGAAUCUCUGGAUUUUGUAAAUGAAAGGAAAGAAGUCUCGAGUGAAAGGGAAUCUAAUUCCACAACAAAAUUGCCGACUGCCGCAUCACGUCAAAAUCUGAUUGCAGUUUUGGGAGCUGGAAAUAGUGUCAUCUCAUCGGCGGUUAAUGAUAUUCUCAGUAUUUUUAGAAUACCCCAAAUUGGCUACGCUUCCACUUCGCGAUUAUUGAGCAACAAAAAUCGUUAUCCAACAUUUUUAAGGACGGUUUCGCCCGAUUCGCUUCAAGGACAAGCAAUUGCGAAGAUCGUUUCCAAUUUCGGAUGGAAUUAUGUGGCAUUGUUUGCUUCAGAUGAUAUCUACGGCCGACCAUUGGCAGACACAUUCAAAACCGAAGCGAAAAAGCUCGGAAUAUGCUUGGCACUUGAUAUUCUGAUCCCGUACAACCCUCCCACGGGUGCGAUCAGAAAAUUGGUCAGCAAACUUCGCCGGGACAAAAAUAUCGAAAUUAUUCUACUCUUUACUUCCGAAGGUGAAGCUGUUGAUUUCCUCCGCGAAGCCACACUGCAAAAUGUUACUAAAAAGCUUUGGAUAGCUAGCGACUCUUGGGCAGACUCGCCGAAAAUUGCUGAAGAUAACGCGAAGAUUGUCGAUGGCAUGUUACGAAUAAUCAACCAGCCGAUAGUUGUGCCGGAUUUCAUGAAAUACUUUUACAACUUAAACCCGUUUAACAAUCCCCAGAACUUCUGGUUUAUCCAGUUCUGGGAGGAAUUAUUUCAGUGCUAUGUUUCCAAACACAACAUGUCAUUAUCAAAGGAAAACCGUUUUACUCUAAGAGCUUCAUGCAACGGGAAAGAAAAGCUGGCAGAUAAAUUUCUUCAAACAGACGCUGUUUUUUCACGAGUGUCUUACGUCAUGGAUGCGGUGCUUUCCAUUGUCUACUCAGUUCGAAAAAUCUGUCAAUCAAAAUUUGGGACACAAAUGAGCUCAGAAAUGGCACGCAAGAAUGCAUGCAUCGACUUUGUCACACCCUCAUCAGUUUUGUCGAAUAUAUUUAACAUCACGUUCAACAGCGUAACAAACCGAACCGUAUCAUUCGACAAGAGUGGCGAUGACAUGGGACGCUAUGAUAUUAUCAACUUUAAAAAUCACGAGGAUGGUAAAUUGAACACCACAUUUUUGAAAAUUGGUGAAUACGAUGGCAAAACAGGUUUGUUAAAAAUAGACCGUGACGCAAUCCAUUGGCCUGGGGGUGUCACGUCUCCUUCUUACGGACUCUGCAGCCUGGAAUGUCCUCCAGGAACUUUCAAGGUGGUGGCGAAGCCCAUAUGUUGCUGGACUUGCAGGACUUGUCCCAGGGGUAGCAUAAGCAACGCACCUGGCGCUACUUCGUGUACCCAGUGCCCCUACAAUAAAACUCCCAACGAAAGCAAAACCAAAUGUGUUUCCACUCCAAUGAGAUUUCCUCGGUGGGACAGCACAUGGGCCUGGAUUUUAAAUGUCACCAUACUUUUUUGUGAGUCAGCUUGUCUUAUCACCGUACUUAUUUUUCUCCGCAACAAGGAGACGCCCAUUGUUAAGGCUGCAAAUAGGGAAAUCAGCUUUUUGCUGCUGUUUGGUUUAAUUUUAGGAUUCCUGAUUCCUUUAUUGUAUAUCGGAAGACCAACAGAUACCAUGUGCAAGAUACAAGUUAUCUCCUUUGGAACCAGCACUGCAUUUUCUUUGUCAAUGGUCUUAGCAAGAAUUAACCGGACGACUGUUGUUUUUAGAUAUAGCCGAGUAGCUCGAAGGAGUCAAUCGAAAUUUGUGAAGAAAUACUUACGUUUGUUUCUAUAUAACCGAACCCAAAUCAUGCUUGCGCUGGUUUCUACUAUCAUCGAACUUUUGCUCUGUGCUGCAUGGCUGUUGUCAAGUCCACCGCAGGUCACUGCUCGCCGGCUCACCAUGACAGAAAGAUUACUGAUGUGUGAGGCGACUGCAAGUUUUGGACAUAUCAUUUCGAAUGCGUUCAUCAUUUUUCUAAGUUUACUUUGUACAUUUGUGGCUUUCAAAUCGAGGAAACUACCUCAGAAUUACAACGAAGCGAAGUUCAUUAGUUUCGCCAUGUUCGUCUUCAACUUCGUGUGGCUGACUUUUGUCAGUACCUUUUACGGAACUCCAGAGGGAGAGCAUAAUGUUAUAGUCAACUGUUUUGCGAUUUUAGCAUCAAAUCUUGCCAUCUUGACUCUGAUUUUUGGUCCUAAGCUGUACAUUAUCCUUUUGCGGCCAGAUAUGAAUCAAGUGUCGGUAUUUAGGGCCAUAACAUCUCAGUACACUUUCAGGCCAAGUCGAAGAUCUUCCACCAUCACAUCAGAUAUGAUGGGCAAUUCAUGCAUUCUGAAAGAAAAUAAAUAUGUGCAGACAACAACAGAAAUCAUGGAAGGAACCUGGCAUGAAAAAAUCUGCCAUGAACCAGUACGUGUUGCUAUUGGCAUUAAAAAUCUUAAAGAAGAUACUAUAAAAGCCACGGAAGCUGAAAAAGAAACUACAGAGGGUAAAGAACUGAACGAUUUGGCACAUCAUACAUUGGGACACAUCAGGGUUCUUAACAUGAGAGCCGCGUCGGAUACCGCUUUGAACAGAUUUGCUGACAACUUUCAUGCACUGGCUUUCGGAAAAAUCGAAGGGACGCGAGCAUGCGUGGGGCAUACUACCGGCGAUGCAAAUAUGCUCAUUCAUCAGAAACAGAUAAACCGAGAAGAAAAACCGUUCCUUAGUCACUACGUUAGUCUGAAACAAUUGCAUUAUCCUUUGAAGGUAGAUGGGGCAAAGGAGAACAACAGUAAUUUAGAUCGUCUGGAGAAAGAGCAGUGUGCAUUAUUAUCCAAAAUACAAUUGGAAAGUGAAGUGUAA